UUGUAUUCAAAGGGAGACUAUUUGACAAAAACAAGGAAGUGAAUGUAGAUAAUUAUAAAAACAUGAGUCGUAUUUACAGUAAUGAAAUAUUGACAAAUCUUCCCGUAAAUAACAUUAAGUGGCCAUCAAGCUGGGACAGUUUACUGGUCUGCAAGAAACAGGGAAAUGGUGUAAUACUUGAAGCUGUAGUCAAAGGAAAGUCAAGGUUUGCAAUCACAGACAACUUAAAUGUGAAGGUUCGUUACUAUGUAUUUCAUGUGAAAGUCACACAAGCUCAUCGAAGGAAGUUUGAAGCAUCUGGGAAAGAAAUUGAACCUAAUUUUUCUGAGACAACCAAAGUGUCCAAAGGCUAUUUGAAUUCUUCCUACAAAGUUGAAGCCAAAGGUGAAACAGAUAGACUGUCACCCCAAGAAUUGUCUCCCUUAGUGAAGAAAGCCGAGCUGGACAAAUUAUGUGGAAAAGAUUGUCCGGCUGACUGUCUCUCAUUCUGGCUGCUGGAAUCACAGCUUGAUAAGUUGGAACUGGAAACUGAUGACUGUGUUAGGAUUAAAACAGAAGGAAACAGUCCUUUUGUUUUCAGUAUUGGUAAGAUUGAGAAGCAGUCUGCGACUGUGUUGAACUAUGCGGGUGGGGAUGAGGUGGGCUCCUCAUGGACAGACAAGAUCAUGAAUAUCAAGACAAAUAUUCCUCAAACACCUGAGGACAAGGAGGUGGAGGAUGAUGAAUGGGAUGAUUAAAUCUAGCUUUCAAGUGCAUCAUGAAUUUAUAUCAUACGGGCGUAGGAAGGUGCCAAAAAAUCAGGAGGCUCACACACACACACACACACACACACACACACACACACACACACACACACACACACACACACGUAUAAACAUAUAAAAACCAUCGCUGCUGCUAUAAAGUGGGGGGGGGGGGACAUGGCCCCACCCGCUUCCUACCCCAGUGUAUCAUAUUCAUCACUUGAUGUUCAACAGUUGUCUAUCCAGUUGACAAAACCAGCAGCUUUAUUCAACAAACAUCUGUGAUACCACAAGCCAGAUUCCAGGCCCCAUGCUUAUGAAGCUAUUCGAGUCUCGAACCUUUUAAAGUUACACACUGCUAUUCACACAAACUUUGAAUAAGAACAAAUUGAAAAGCUUUGAAUUAAAACAGCCUGCAUACCUUUUGCAUUAAAAUGCUGAUAUCUAAAA